AUGAAAAACAAGAUGAACAACAUGGAAACCACGAAAAAGCAGAAACAAACUACGGGAAUACGUGGCGCCCAGUACCUGGGUUCGAGCCGGCUGCUUCAGGAGCUACGGACUGGUUAUGAGCGUCACGUGCCACCAACGCGCACUGCCGACUCCCACGUGUCCGUCCGUGUGUACCCGUCGAUCGUCCGAAUCGACAGAUUGGACGAAAGCCGGGAGGCGUUGUCUGCGACGAUUAGUCUCUCCAUGAAUUGGUCUGACCAGCGUCUGACGUGGAACCCUGCCCAGUACGACGGUGUCCGGAAACUAUUUCUUCCCGCGGACACAAUUUGGCUGCCCGACGUUGGCGUUAUUAACACUGUGGAUGGUCUCAUCUCUGAGCAAAGCACGAGUCACCUUGGUGAGGUCUCACACGUCGGACAUGUGUUCAUGGUCUCCGUCAUGCACGUGCAGACGUACUGUAAAAUGACGUUGACGAACUUUCCACGUGACGUCUACGUGUGUGACAUCAUAGUUGGUUCAUGGAUGUACUCAUCCAAAACUCUGAUACUGGAAUCCUGGCACGGCGAGACAGUGGUCGAGCAGGUGCCGGUAUCGUCGGAUACUGAUGACGUCAUACCAUCACGUGACGGGCGGUCAUGGGAGCUGUUCGGCCGUGCCGCGUCCGCCAUUAUUAAACUUGUUUCCUAUAAAUGCUGUCCAGACGAUCAUUACGUCCAGCUUACGAUGACGUUGACGUUACGUCGACACGCGCCGUUGGCUGGCUUUUGUUGUUCCGCUGCUCGUAUGUUGGUGAUUCUAGCGGAGAUGAUGUACGUUCACUCUAUGUUUUCCUACAUACCAGACAGCGUCGACCCUCCUAUCAUAGUUAAACUGGCGGUCGCCAACGUUCUGUUUGCUUCCAUCGCCCUCUGUGUCUCCCUAGUAGUCAGUCACGUGACAACCACUUCCGGUCGACAGGGGAAAAGGCUUCCACCACUGUUUGCAAUGGUUGUUACUUUGACAGCGUGCUGUCCGGCACAUAUUGAGGGGCUUUCCGGAAUACCGUCACGUUCCAACUGUGCGUCUACACCUGAAGAUGAAGCAGUCACUCUGAUGUCCCAUAAUAACGCGAAUAUACCUAAUAAUACCGUCGAUAGUAACGGAAUAGAACUGGGCGAUAUAACAGAUGUUAAUACCACACAUUGGACCAUGUUUGCCUGCUUCAUAGAUAAAAUAUUUCUAUGUUUGUUUCUAAUUGUGUUAUUAGUUAAUUUGAUAAUUACAUUUGUGAUAUAA